AUGACGCCAUUCAGAACCGAUGGCUACGACAGUCCAGUUCUCGAAAAAAUCAGCCAGUUCAACAACAUGUCUGGGCAGUCGAGGCAGCAGGAGCGCAGAACGACUGACGCGCUGAGGAGAGCUGUUCUCGGGCGUGAAGAGGCUGAAGUGGAGAUGGAGCGUAUGAAGAAUGAGAUCAAUCAGCUUCAAAGUGCCGUCGAGCAAGGCAAGGAACGAGAACGCAAAGUCGGCGAGCGGCUAGAAACUGUCAUGGACAGCUACGGCCGCGCAAAAGAAACACACGCACACACCCAGGCCCUCUGGGAAAAGGAAAUUCGACGAGCGAGAAAAGAAAACUUCAAGUCGCAGUCUACGAUAGUCAAACUGCAAGAGGAGCUCAAGACGGCUCGCACAGCAGCCAAGAUCAACGAAGAGUGCUUGCAGCGCGAAAAAGAAAGAAGCCAGACGCGAGAACAAGAAGCCUUCACUGCUCGCUACCAAAUAGUAGGCGUUCAAGAGCAACUCGACAAGGCCCUUGAACGCGUAAAGGUGGUCGAGCAGGAGCGUGAUGCGUACAAGACUGCCGCUAAGAACGAGGAGGUUGCACGCAUCGCUGCCGAGGGCCGACUACCCUUACCCAUUGGUGACGAAACAGGCGAGUUCUCGUCACCAAAUAAUGUGCAGAAGAAACGCAAGCGUGAUUCUGCCAAGGAUGGUGGCCGUCUUUCUCUGUCCGCCAUGGAUUUGGUUGGCUCCGCUGCUACAGAAAUCGAAAUUGAAGAGCUUGCUUUGCAAGUUGCCUGGGAGAAACAUAGAGCUGAGAGAGCCCAGGAGAUGGUUGAAUUUCUACAGGCCGAGUGUCGGAUGCACUCCUGCGCUGGCGCAAAAGAAAGUCGCCAACUUCAUCAAGUUACCCCAAGGAAGAGCGAUGAGCCAACGGAAUCGACUACGCCUGCAGACAUCACUACUGUGGCAGCUACCGAUGCAACAGAUGAUGUUUUUGCUGCUGCCGAGGAACUGAUCAAGGAGGAAGUCUCAACUGAGCCUGUCCACCUCCCCGAGCCAACGAUUGGCGAGCCUGAGCCAAUGGCGGACGUUCAAAUGACACCCAAGGAAGAGGAGAUUCAGCACCAAAGCCCAAGCCCUGCAGCUGAGGAAGCAGCUGAAGCUAUGGACGAAGAUCAGCUGGAUGAAGAAUCAGAGGGCGAAGGUGACAUGCAGCCAGGAGACAUUCUCGCAAUUGAAUACCACGAGCCGACAAUUCAAGAACCAGCUACCGAGGAGCCCCAGCAGGAGCCCCAGCAGGAGAUCGUGCAUGUUCCGAAGCCAGCUCAGGCACAUGAGCCUAUUAUGGAAGCACCCAAGCCGAAUAUUGGAGAAUGCACCGACGAGACCAUUGCACCGCCUGCUGAUGCCGUGCCGGAGCUUGAGCCAGAGUUUGCUGCUGGCCAUCACGACGAGGGUCACCACGAGUCUGAUGCGGAAGAGCGCCGAGAGUCACUUCCUGAGCCCAAGUCUCUUGGCGAGCAUGAGCUGAUCAUUGUAAAGUCGAAGAAGGAGCGGACGAGCACAAUCUUCUGCCCCAAAGAAGGGGUUUUUCGUACAGUCUCGGAGCAGGAGGCUGAAGCCGCAGCUUUGGAAGAGCGGUUCCAAACAGAAUCUGUUGCUGAUGAGAAUGAUGAUAAUGUUGACAUCAUCCUCCCCGAUGCAAUCGAAGAGCCGAGAAGCUCUCGCAUGUAUGCUAGGACACCAUCAGUGGAGCCCCCAGCAUUCGCCAUCAUGUCGAGAGAGCGUGUCGCCAGAGACCGCACUUCUCUUCAAUCUCUGCUAAGCGCGCCUCACAGCGAGGAAGAGUCGUCGAUCCCCAAUACUUUCAAUAUCCCGACUGUGGAAGAUACCGAGUCAAGGAAUCAAGCCGCUGCUGAGUUUGUCCCCGAGGAGGCCGUCGUCGAUGACGACGAGGCUGGUCAGACUCCGGAGUCGCCCACGCCUACGAUGUACUCAUCGACAACUCGAUUCAAGGUGACAACAACGACUGUCCCAGUACGGGACGAAACCUCCCAGCACAGCGCUUCGUUCAACGAGAAGCUUCGAACUCCCUCUGCAAGCAGCAGUGCCAGCUUUGAUCUCACAGACCCAGCUCUUACGCCGACCAUGACGCGGGAACAGGCGCUCGCCAAAAUUCGAGAGAGGAGAGGACGCGCGCGAAGCAUUGCCCAAGCGACUGCGCUCGUCAUCUACCAAAGCACCUCUCAGCAAGACGACUCCAAAGACCAUCUCCAAGACGACCACUACGGCGACGACACGCACCAGACCCGCAGCCAAGCCUGUGACGAAGCCUAUCAGCAGGCCGACAAGCAGGGCUGCGAGCAGGGAUACCAGCCGAACCGCAACCACCAGCCGUACCACUAG